AGCAUUCCUUUUUCUGUCUACAGACAUGAAUGGGGAGUGAAGAAGAAUACUCACCUGCUUUUCUUUUCCUUCCUUUUCGCUCCAUCCUCAUCCUAUCCUUCCUUUUGACUUGGCGUUAAAGUUAGUCCAUCGUGUGUACUCUUUUGCAGCGUUUCAAAGACACCUUAAAACGUUUAAUCGAGUCUCUUCAUCACGGCGUAGCGAAAGAAGCAAGCAAAAUCUCACUCGGAGAAGCCAAAGCCAUGGCCACGGAAACCACGCACUCGAGUUCUUCCGAGCUCGCAUCCACGCGAGAAAUGAAACCGAGUGCUUCGGAAACGGAGACGUCCGACAGCUUCGUUGCUGUUGACAUCGACGAGCUCUCUCAGCAACUCAUGGCAAACAUCAAGGAUCGUUCCAGCUCAACCCCACGAGUUGUCUCGGUGAUGAAGAAGAAUCUUUCAAGAAAAGGAUCACAAGGCAGCGGCGCCAAGCGAGAGAAGAAUAAGACGGAGCAACGAGACCAUCAUCAGGGCACCGGGGACAAGUCACCUCUUUCAAUGCGCGUGGAGACCGACGGGGAGGCGGCGUCGCUUUAUCAUGUGUCGGGCCCAACAGCGGAAGCGGGGCGAUGGAGGCGGGUCGGCCCUCGGCGUCCUCCCUUGCCGUGGCUCGACCCCAACCGAGUCGUAAUCGUAUUCGCCACCUUGUCAAGUAUGGGAACACUGAUACUGUUGUACUUCACGCUGUUCAUGGGCAAGGUGACCAGUGCUAACGAGCAUGCCUGGUGAUGUGCACUUCGCCACCAUUGUAAAGUAGAAUAAAGCUCAUAGAAGGAGACAAAAGAGAAAGGAAAAUGGAAGGCUGAAAGGACACUUAGAUGGUACUAGAAUGAGAAAGAGACGAGUUGUAGAUAGAUAGAGCUGCUCAGAGAGAGAGAGAAAAACGUUAUGUUGUGGAUGUUACUUUUUAUUUUCCUUUCUGUUGCCACAAAUAUCCAGUUUUCUUUCCUCGUAUGAGUGCGCUUUGUGUGCUGAUUGUAUUA